AUGGCGAUUUCUCGAACUUCUUUGCUUCGCCAGAGUGCUGCUGCUUCUUUAUCUUCUCUGAAUCCUUUCUCAAUGUCGUCUUUUACUCUCUCUCUUCGUCCAAAAUGUAGGUUUAGUCUCUCAGCCUCUCUCUCUACCCAAGGAUCAACUUCCUCUUCGGUUGAACCUACGUCGUUGAAGACGAGCCACCGUUGGAAGCCAAUGUGUUUGUACUAUACUCAAGGUAAGUGCACUAAGAUGGAUGAUCCAAUCCACCUUGAGAGCUUCAAUCAUGAUUGCUCCAGGGAGUUUAGAUUAAGUGCUGCCGAGUUCAAAAAAUUACGCUCUCAGCAGUUAGAUUAUUUUCUUGUGCUUGAUUUGGAGGGAAAAGUUGAGAUUCUCGAGUUUCCUGUUCUGAUGGUUGAUGCCAGAAACAUGCAGGUCGUGGAUUUGUUCCACAGGUUUGUGAGGCCCUCAGCAAUGAGUGAGCAAAGGCUAAAUGAAUAUAUUGAAGGAAAAUAUGGAAAAAUUGGAGUUGAUCGUGUCUGGCAUGAUACAGCUAUCUCAUUUAAUGAAGUUAUUCAACAGUUUGAAGCUUGGAUGGCUCAGCAUCACUUGUGGAGAAAGGAGCUCAACGAGCGUCUUAAUAGGGCUGCUUUUGUGACAUGUGGGAAUUGGGAUUUGAAAACUAAAGUCCCUCAGCAAUGCAAAGUAUCAAGGAUGAAGCUUCCCUCAUAUUUUACAGAAUGGAUCAAUUUGAAAGACGUCUAUCUGAACUUUUACCAGAGGAGGGCCACAGGGAUGCUCACUAUGAUGAAGGAACUUCAGAUUCCUUUGCUAGGAAGUCACCACCUUGGGAUUGAUGACACAAAAAACAUAGCAAGAAUGUUGCAACAUAUGCUAACUGAUGGUGCACUUCUGCAGAUCACCGCAAGGAGAAACCUUGAUUCUCCUGAAAAUGUUGAAUUCCUCUAUAAAAAUCGUAUCUGA